UCGCGAGAGAGAGGACCCCAAAACUGCGAUCACCCUCGCCCCCUCCUGCCCUUCGCUUCGCCUCCGCGGUGGCGAUGGGCCCGAUGGCCAAGGCUGGCGGCGCCCCCCCUGCGAUCCGUCUCCUUUCCAUCCCCAAGGAGGGGGAGCGCGUGCUUGCGCCCACCCGGAGGCCUGACGGCAUCCUCAGAAAGCCCAUUCGCAUCCGCGCCGGAUACGUCCCUCAGGAUGAGGUUGCCAUCUACCAGUCCAAGGGCGCCCUUUUAAGUAAAUCGAGCGAGGCCACAGUACCUCCAGGGUACGAUCCGGAUCUGGCUGAGAAGACAAAGACCAAAUCGGCAAGGAGGAACGAGAGAAAGAAGGAAAAGAGGCAUCAGGCUGCACUUGAAAAAGAAAAAAACAUGGUUUCUGAAGGAGCCGAGGUGGUAAGGACUGCUAAAUUUGUUUCUGCUGAUGGUACCUCUCAAAUAGAGGAAUUUGAAGCUGUUACGGAGCAUAUAAGUAGAAUAACCUUAUUGGCAAUGCCAGCAAUACCAGAGGUGUCAAACUCUUCUGCAGAACCAAUGGAAGUCUCAAAAACCAAGUCUUCUGGCCAGGAUUUUGAUAAGAAAAUUCCAGCACUUAAAAAAAAGGAUCGAUGUUCAUGUGGCCAUUCAUUCAGAAACAAGUGCCUCCUGAGAAACUUAAACCAAUACCUUCUGAAAUGCCUAACGAUCUUCACUUGCAUUCUUCUAGCAGAAGCUAAGCUAGUCGGUGAUCAACAAGGUAUGAAACCUAAACAGACGGAGAAGAUGAGAACAGUCAGAGAGUGACAUGAGUAACUAAAACUCUUA